CUCCCCUCUCCCCGCCAUGGCACGGCCCCCCCCGGCGCCGCGCCGCCCUCCCCCGCGCCCCGGGGCCCCGGCGAGCCAGGUGUGAGGCCCCCGCCGCCUCUCCAGGGCAGCCCUGACCCUGCCGCUGGGGUUUUCCUAAUUUUUUUGCCCCUUUUUUUUUCCUUUUUUUUUUUUUGGCCGCCCUCUCCCUCCUUCCCUCCCGUGUCGCCAUCAGGGAAUCCAGCACCGCACCGAAGCCAGAAGAGAGGGAGCAAAACCCAACCCAGGCCGAAAGCUACGUCCAAAACAAAACCCACCCUUUUGAUUGCCGAGGAGAUCCGUUGGUUUUGGUGUAUUUUUUCUCUUAAUUUCGAUUAUUGUUAUUUUUCAACCCUGACCCGGCGCGGAGGGGAGGAAGCGGCGUCGGGGCGGGGAGGCUCUCCCGGUUAUUUAUUCUGUGCCCCCGCAGAGGUGUCUCCUCCGGCCGCCGGCUCACCAUGAUGUUUCGAGACCAGGUCGGCGUGUUGGCCGGCUGGUUCAAGGGCUGGAACGAGUGCGAGCAGACUGUUGCGCUGCUCUCGCUGCUUAAACGCGUUAGUCGGACCCAAGCUCGCUUCCUCCAGCUCUGCCUGGAGCACUCCCUGGCAGACUGCACCGAGCUCCACAUUCUCGAAGGGGAGGCCAACAACCCUGGAAUCAUUAACCAAUGGCAACAGGAAUCCAAGGAUAAAGUGAUUUCCCUGUUGUUAACCCACCUGCCUUUACUGAAGCCCGGCAACAUCGAGGCAAAAGUCGAAUACAUGAAACUCUUGCCUAAAAUCCUGGCCCACUCGAUUGAACACAACCAACACAUCGAGGAGAGCCGGCAGCUGCUGUCCUACGCCUUGAUACACCCUGCCACCUCCUUAGAGGACAGGAGUGCCCUGGCCAUGUGGCUCAACCACCUGGAGGACCGCACAUCGGGCGGCUUCGGCAGCCAGAACAGAGGUCGGUCAGAUUCGGUGGACUACGGGCAGACGCACUACUAUCACCAAAGACAAAACUCCGACGACAAACUCAAUGGAUGGCAAAACUCUCGAGACUCGGGCAUAAGCGUCAGCGCUUCCAGCUGGCAGGACAAAAACCUGGCAUGCGAGAACGGCCAUCUGCCCCUCUACUCCUCCUCCUCCGUCCCCACAACCAUCAACACCAUCGGCACUAGCACAAGCACCAUUCUCUCAGGCCAGACACACCACAGCCCUUUGAAACGCUCUGUGUCCCUUACCCCACCCAUGAAUGUGCCAAACCAACCUCUAGGACAUGGAUGGAUGUCUCAUGAGGACUUACGAGCUAGAGGACCCCAGUGCAUCCCUUCUGAUCAUGCCCCCCUGUCUCCACAAAGCAGUGUAGCCUCUUCGGGAAGUGGUGGGAGUGAACAUUUAGAAGAUCAGCCUUCCGCUCGUAACACAUUCCAGGAGGAAGGGAGUGGGAUGAAAGAUGUCCCAGCCUGGCUGAAGAGCCUCCGGCUGCACAAGUACGCUGCCCUCUUCUCGCAGAUGACGUACGAGGAGAUGAUGGCCCUCACCGAAUGCCAGCUUGAGGCACAAAAUGUUACCAAAGGCGCAAGACACAAAAUAGUGAUCAGCAUCCAGAAGCUAAAAGAAAGACAAAACCUGCUCAAAUCUUUAGAAAGGGACAUCCUGGAAGGUGGCAACUUGCGUGUCCCGCUGCAGGAACUACACCAAAUGAUCCUCACCCCCAUCAAAGCUUACUCUUCCCAAAACUCGAGCACAGAGGAGCACAGCCGGGACGCGGACUCGCAUCAUCCCUCCUCCCUGAUCGGCUCAGACAGCCAAGGCUCUGACUGUAAGGACUCUGCCGCAGGCGGGAUGCAGCAGCACCAUUUGCCGGGAUGCGAGGGCGAGUCGGGAGGCGCCCCUUUGCCUGAAGGUGACCUGCCUGGACAGUUCACCAGAGUGAUGGGGAAAGUAUGCACACAACUUCUAGUUUCUCGACCUGACGAAGAGAAUAUAAGUUCCUAUUUACAGCUCAUAGACAAAUGUCUAAUCCAUGAGGCGUUUACAGAGAUCCAGAAGAAGCGGUUGCUGUCAUGGAAACAGCAGGUGCAGAAACUCUUUCGGUCGUUCCCUCGGAAAUCCCUCCUGGAGCUGUCAGGCUAUCGGCAGCAGAGGAGCCGAGGCUUUGGCCAGUCCAACUCCUUACCGACAGCCGGCUCUGCAGGGGCGGGACUGGGACGGCGCAACCCCCGCCAGUUCCAGAUCCCCUCCCGCAACCUCCCCACGGCCCGGCUGGGGCUGCUGGGCCCCACUGGACUGCUGGGCACCCCGCAGCGCAGUCCUGCCGCCAGCCCCGCCAUCCUCAAGCAAGGCAGACAGAACCUCUGGUUUGCCAACCCCGGGGGCAGCAACAGCAUGCCCAGCCGGAGCCACAGCUCUGUGCAAAGAACGCGCUCACUGCCGGUGCACACCUCCCCGCAGACCAUGCUGAUGUUUCAGCAGCCAGAGUUCCAGGUGCCGGUGACUGAACCUGACAUCAACAACAGGCUGGAGUCCCUGUGCCUGAGCAUGACGGAGCACGCGCUCAGCGAUGGUGUCGACCGAACGUCCACGAUCUAGAAAGGCGUCGCAUCGGGGACGCUGGCCAGGAGAACAACUGCUGCGGGUCCAGCGGCGAGGUCGGGGCUUGCAGGGAGCCUCAGCGAUAGCUUGCAUCCUUUCUCCUCUCUCUCCUCUCCUCUCUCUUUCUCUCUCUCUCCUGUUUUAAUUUUGUGAAUGUGUAGAUUGUCCUUGUGAACAUAUCAUUAGACUUGGAAUUUGUGUUGUCAUUUAUUACAUCCAUGCUGGGGGGGGGGGGGGGUGAAAUGUGGCAAAAAAAUUCAACAACGAUGAUGAAAAAACAUGGGGGGGGGGGGGGCACGCAGCAGGAGAGUGCUGACAACAGAGGGUUCACCAGAGCACCAUGGGCAAACCCUGUUUCUGGACGAGGAUACGAAUGAGUACCGAAUAGCACGCGGGUGUGCGUGACCCAAAAUCCUCUGGGGAGGAUUUGCGUGUCCUGCCAGGGGCUUUGGGGCCGGUGGUCCCACCUCUUGAAUUUCGCUGUGUGCAGGCACAAGACUACCCAGCGAGCCCUGAUUUAAAUAAUAUUAAUAAUAACCCCAAAGUUUCCUUUCAGUUUAGCCAAGAGCAUCCGCAGUUUCAAGGCAGCAUUGUGCACGGGGCAGCGGAGGGUCUGUGGGCACCUGCCAGGUGUGGGGUCGGUCCCCCCAUCCCUGCACCCUUGGUGUUGGUCAGGGAUGUGGAGGGGGACAUCUCGCCCAGCGGAGGGUCCUAGGGGAUGUCGGUGAAUUGGGGGGAUACUGGGUGAGUUUCCAUGUCUCUUGCCUUGCCUGCACAGGUACUGGGAAGGUGCUGCUGCAUCCUGGCUUCACACAUCAGGCCCCAGCCUGCUGAAAUCCACCAGUAAUGGUUUUUUCCAGCCCUGGGGGUGGCCAGUGAGGGCUGAAGGAGGCUUGAGAGCAAGCAUGCAGUUUUAUUUAGCCAAAUAAAACCCAAGCCCCAAAGGGCACCAAAAUGCAGCUUCGCAGCCCCAUUUUCUUGGCAUUAAACAUGUGCCAGGGCUGAGAUGUGGGUGGUAGUGGCUUGCCUGCCUCUCACCUGCCAUUGUGCUGCUUUUUAUAAUGGAGCUAAGUUUGGUACAAGGACAUUAGAUGGGUAAAUCCAGCGCAGCGCUGCUCAAGCCUAUGAUGGGGGCCAGAAAAAUACCACUGCACCCACAGUGAUGCUGGGCAUAGUGGCGGCUUCGCUCCUGCCAGUCCUGAUGCUGCUCCGUGUCCUCUGAUGGAAUAAUAAGUUUAAAGUUAAUUAAUGAAGGGAGGUGAUGAAUGGGAAUGACAGCCAUGGCGGGUGCAGCCCAAAAUGGGCUGUGCUGUAAGCGCUGGUGGGCAGCAGUGCGUGCUAGGACAGGUGGCUGAGCAGAAGCCGGAGCCUCACCUGGGCGGGCAGGGAUGGGAGAUGUGUGAAUCCGUUUGCUAUGCAGCAGUUCAAAGUUGUUUUUCUAAAGAACAAACUGUGCCAAAUGCAGUGUUUUAUGUUUGCUGUUCCCUGGUGUCCUGCGUCCCGGCAGGCAGGAGGUGGGGAGAGUGUGUGCUGGGGGGAGUGGAGAAGGGAAAACUGAAAGCGAGGGAGGUUGGGAAGAGGUGUGAGGAGGUGACGCCAAAGUGGGGGCCAGGGGAGGCUGAGACACAGGCACCGGCUGGUGCUGGGGACCUGCGUCACCCCCCGAGCACCCCCAAGGUGUGAACACAACUGCCGUAGCAGGAUCCUUCCUCAGGGAAGGCUCAAAUGUAUUUACGGAGCUGAGAUUCUAUUUAUUCCUUCGCUGACUAUAGAAGCAGAGGUUAUCCGAUUGUUAAGAGAUACUAUUUUGGAUAUUUUACCUAUUAACUUGCUAUGGCUGGUAACCAUGAUAAUGUCUGUUAUUAACAACCACCAAAUAAUUCAAUUGUUUUUCCUUUUGUUUAAAACCAGGAAAAGCUUAUUUUCCAUUGACAGUGUAUAGGUUAAUAACUUGUGUUUGCUGUUCCUUGUUUUUCUUUUUUUAAAGUAAAAAGAAAAUAAAGAGAAGUGGCUUCAGUUGCGUUCGGGAAGUCCUGCCUGGCUCUGGGAUGCCUGUGCUGAGUGCAGGCAGCAGAGCGCCAGUGAAAGACAUUUAAAAAGCAAAUUAAAAGUAGCUUGAAUCAUAAAAUAAGAACUAUUUAUAAAAAGAAAAAAAAAAAGAAAAAAAAAAACAAGCCCCAGCAGUUGCAUGAGUGAGGCUGUGAAGUCAAACUUUAGUAAUAAAGCGGCAGUGCCUUUCUUUUUUGUAUUCACCCAUUCACCCCGCCUGCAACUGUUUUGUACCAUGUACGCAUCGUGGCGAGGGAGAUGCUGCUGCUGCGGGGACCCUCGGCAUCGGGGGGCAUCCCCCUUGUUCCACCCAGCUCUCCCAGAGACAGCCCCUGGCCCCCCAGCACCCGCCGGGGACCUCUUACUGGUGCUGUUCCCCCGAGCCGUCCCCGGGUGCAGCAGGAGGCCGGCCAGCUCAGCGCCCAAGUGUCCUUGGGUCCUGCGGAUGCUCCCUGUGGCUGCGACACCCAGGGAAAUUAAAUGAAUCCCAACCCUUUGUUUCGAGGUGUCCUUCCCCCCUCCCCAGGGACAAGCCCUGAGCUCGACUGGACUUGAGCUGGGCUUUGCCUUUGCUUGCUCAGCUCAUUAAAAGAAUCUUGGGGGGGGGGGGGAUCAAGCCCGGCCAGCAUCCAGCAGGAAAAUCCAAAACUGUGAUUGACGCCCGCGAGCGGCGCGGAGCGAAGCUCGAGUUUGGUCAGCACUUAGGGAAACUAUUUCUGUUGUCACCUUUCUCCAUGUCGGGGUGCGGCCGUGCCCCAGGUUUGGCUUUCUGAAUGUGCCUGAUGGGAAGUGGGUCCUGCAGACGUCUAUAAUUUGCACACAGCGAUGAUAACACUAAAGUUGCUUUUAUACGAGUCAUCAGAGUUUGCAAAGUGAGUUUUAUUUUUUGUAUUCCUUUAUCUUUACUUAAAGGUGAAUGUGUAUUCCUCUGGGAGGAAUAGGAAGAAAAAAAUACCACAAAAACAAAAAAAAAACAGGAAUGUUAAUAAUGUUCAGCAGAAUACUUCCUCCCUUAUUAAUAUAUAUAACCCUUAUGUAUUUAUGCAUAUUGUAAGCUUACUUUAAAAAGCUUUGACCUCUCUUCUGUUGCAUGCCGUUCCCGGGCAGCCUUUUAUUGUACAUGCAUGCCUUUAGUCUUGUUUUUCUGUACAAAGUUAGUGCACAAAGAACUAUUUUUGCCUCGUUAAUGUUGCCAAGCAAUGCAUAUUUUUUAAAUUUAUCUCUUUUUUUUUUUUGGUCAUAUAUGGAACUAGCAUGUUUGUUACAUGUAAAAGCUUCCCGAUAUAAAGACAUACUAAUGUUUGGAGAUGCCGGUCUUUGCAAGUGUACAGUUUUCAAAUGUUGUUCCCAGUGAAACACCCUUGUGAUUUCAACUUGCUCCAAUGUAUUUAUUACUCAUUUCCUCCCAUGUAACUAGGAAUCAUGGCUAUAUUUCAUAUCAACGUUAUAUUGAAAGUGAAGGGAGAUGAUUAAUACAAGGUUUUGUAACA